AUGCCAGAGUUUCCUCGAUCAAUCGAUGAAAGGGGCGCAUUUGAUCGCUCAGCUGCACCGGACCAUUUUCGAGACCCCGAUGCCGGUGCUUUUCCAAUCACGACCCAAGCACUACCUAACAGUUUUGAUGCUGAAAUACGAAAAAAGAUUGUGCUCAACAACGUCCUGGAUCGAUCCCCGAACCCCAUUUCUCAAUCAGAUCGGGAUGAUGUUCGUGCAAUUUUGUAUGCGAUUGGAGCCGAAUUUUUGCGGCAGAACAUUCGAGGCAUUCAACGGGAAGGCCAUUUUGAUCCAAACGGAAGACCCCGACCUGUUGUCGUCAUAUUCAGUGAAUUAGUGGGA